CAUGCCGCCCACCUGGCAAACAUUGAUGACACGAACAUGCUUGAAAUUUGGAACCUGUUGUUCAAUUACACAUGCAAACAUUGACAUGCAUGCAUUCACGUGAUGGGGAGGACUGGACUCUCUUAUGACUUGUUUUUCCCUGAAAAACCUUGCUUGUAAAGCAGAUCGUAGGGUUUCCCUGGAAAUGCUGAUAAAAAAGUACAUCUUGCUGCUUAGGUAAAAAAAAGCCUUGUUGGAACACCAGCACAGAAGCAUCAUGUGUUUUGGAACAGCAUUUUAAAAGAAAACAUACGCUGCUGACCUGCUUUGGUGGACUCCCUCCCUUCUCGUUUUAUCAUUCCGUCUGGCAGUGUUUGGAAUACCUAUCAGCUCUGUUAGGAGUUCCAAUGGGUCAUAACAUUCACUAUGAUUUCGCUUGGUCAAGCCACAGCCGGGAGUCCAUGAUGAGCAGUAAGCAGGUACGGAGUUUCAUGGACCCUCUAGUCCAAAGUAAGAUGGAAGUAACAAUGGGCACAGUAGUCACUGCAGGACUCCCCAGAGAAGACCGCCUAGCCCGGUAUACCCACGACAGUGCUCUACCAAACAACAGGGCCUAUUUCUCUUUCUCUCUCAGCGGACAAGAUGCCCUUGACAUUCCCUCUUCAUGGGGCCCUUCUAAGACCUGUGUAAGAAAUGGAUCGAGCCCAGGGAUUGAUUCAUCAGCCAUUUAUAGACCUGAAAAUAUGUCUUUCCCAGUGGAUGGUGGCCACUCUGCUGUACAGCAUGAGUUGGCAACAAAGCAAAGGUUGGCCUAUUAUGCCAGUAGUCCUAGACGGCACAGUCCCAGAGCUGCUGGAGUCAUCUCACCAGUGGCUGUUUCCAAGGGUCACAUUGGAGGGUUUGGCAUAUCCUUCACAGGUGCAGAAAACUCUGUUGGGUUGGCUAUUCCAAGACCCGUGUAUGGUCAUAGCCUCUGCUGCGCUGAGCGUGGAUGUAAUGUAGGCCAUAACCAUGGCAUAGUAGAACAUGGACCACAAAGAAUGUCUCCUCACAUGUAUGAAGAUGAAUGGACUGCACAUUUCAGUCAUCUGGCUUACCUGCAUAAAAAGGGCCCAGAGGCAUUGGCACCGCAUAGGGUGAUGCAUUUGGAGCAUUGCACUGAGGGAGUAUCUUUAAAGGAUGGAAAGACCGAGGGCUACCAAAUUAUCAGAACAGAAGGACCCAGGAGGUCACUUCCUUUAAUGGAACCAAGUCAUAGAAGCUAUACCUAUAACACAACAUAUCCAUAUAUUGGUUCCACUUCAGAGUACUGCCAGCAUUCCUCAAUACACCCACAAAUAUACAAGGGUCUCUCUCCUGCCAAUGAGACAGGGAAAUUGAUGCACUGUGGUGUUCCUCCAAAGGUAUAUCGGGAUAAUUCUCAUGUUUCUAAAUGCACACCAAUGCCUCCAUGUCCCAUCGUCUAUUACCAUCAGAAUGGCACUAAGGCUUACAGAGUUGAUCCCAAUCUUUUUACAGACAAGCAGGCUCAGCAUGGUCAUAUACAUCAGAUACAUUCUCCACUGCCUGAUUCAAACAAUAUUUCAAAUUCCUGCUCUGAUGUACGUCCAUGUCAUCCACUGAUCACAAACUUUCCCACUUAUCAUCCAUAUGGAGUGCAUUUAAAUAGUAACUCAGCAUUCUUCCAAGAGAGGUCAUGUCCUCCUUUCUCCACACAUCAGUCAGAGCGACCUCUUGAUUUCUCUAAACGAAGGGUGCAGACACCUGACUCCCCUCUGGAGUUUUGUCGACAUUCUGGGGCUUUCCCACCCCCAUCGGCUCUCUACAGACAUCUCAAUAACACAGCUGUUGAAAGGCCUAGUCAUGAUCACUUGGAGAUUGCUGGAAAUGGCUUACUUGUAGACGGUGACAUAGAAUUUGGCAAUAUUCUCAUGUCUCAUGGGCAUUGUGUUGCUGAUCCACCCAACAGUGCUUCACCAUCUAAAAGACACAGAGAAGAAUGUGAAAACAGUAAUGAAACUGAUAUACCCAGGAAAAAAAAUUAUACGGAUACAACCCAUGAGCAGCCAGAUGAGCCUCAGUCACCGUCUUCCCCACCAAUGCCAGUUAUUAAUAAAGUUUUUAGCUUAGCUCCUUAUAAAAUCUAUUUUGAAGCUUCAGGCAUGUUUGCUCCACCAGGUGGCUCAAAAAGUCCAAAGCCACAGCCUGAGGCUGCACGACUUGUAGAAGAGCCAGAAAUUCAAAACAGUGAUGUAGAGUAUAAUUCUGGUGAAAAUGAGCUCAACUUGAAACAAGAAGCUCAAAUGUCACCAGCUAACAGUAACAGUCCAAUUGAAACACCAGAGAAUGUGAAGAUCAAAGAAGAAAAACUGGAUCCAGAUGAGUCAGAAAUUAAAGUGAGGAUCACUGAGGAGGUAAAUCAUCAGAAUCACAGUUCUGUGGUCAAAGAAGAGCAAGGGGAGUUGAACUCAAGUAUAUCUGGCUCUGUGCCUUGCAACAUUAUGAUAAAGAGUGACUUUAAAGAAGAAAGAAAUUCACCCUUAUUUGAAAAGUAUGUGGCUGGAGAUUCUGACAAGUCAAAUCAAGCUGUGAAGGGCAAUGAGGAAUCAGUUCCUUUGCUGCCCUCAAGACCUCCAAUGCCACCUUUAUUGACCAAAUUCUCCCUCAGUAAAAUCCUCCCACAUUGCCUUAAAUUGUCCAAUUAUAUGAUAGUAAUCCCUGAUGUCCUAAAAGUUCCAGCAACCCAAUCUGUCGAGGUUCCUCAGUCUCCUGUGGAGGCAAAGCCUAUCAUAAGUAGCAGCAAACAUGCCCGUCAUCAGUUUAUGGAGCUUCACCAGUCCCUCUGUAGACUCCUAUAUAGCUGUGUUAUUCAAACCUCAUGUCAAGAGCUUAAGGACUGGCUAUCCAAACAGGACCUUAGAGAAUCGGUCUCUAAUCCAAGCAAAACUCAGAGAGUCUCUUGCCUUUUAGGGUCCAAAAUGAGGGAGAUAUGGCUAAAAGGUGAAGAUAUGGUGAUGGCUCUAAGGAAGGUUGUUGGCCAGCUUCAGAAGUACAUUGAAAGCUGCGAAUGUCCUUUUCCUCAUGUAAUGAGGGCAGGUGCAGUGUUCAUUCCCAUGUUGGUGGUGAAAGAGGUGCUGUUUCCUCAGGUUCAGGGCACAUUCAUAGACCAGGUCCUCCUGGAGCAUCGGGUGGAACUCAGGCCCACCACCCUGUCAGAGGAGAGACAAUUGACACAACUCCACCGAAAGGCAUUUUCUUCGAAACUCCGGAGGCUACUGUCCCUUAAACAUCUGCCAGAUAUCUACCCUGAUGUUCUCAACCUUCUCUACCAUGCCAAUGUAUGCAAGUUCCUUGAUUCUACUGCUACAGAUGGGGUCCAUAAAUUGCCCAGAUAGAGUUUGAUGCGCAAGUCUUCCCGAAGAUGAAAUAAUUUCAGAUGACCAGAGAAUUUGCUGAAUGAUUGAUAUAAAAUGUAAUAAAAUUGUUAAAAUUAGUAAAUGUAGAAGUAUGAUAACUGAGAUAUGAUUGGGAUAAUAUUGAUAUAAUAAAAAUACAAUGAAUAUUGAACAGUGAUAAUAAUUACAAUUCUAAGCUUAUCAAAAAUUAAGAUUAAUGUGAAUGUACCAUUCUAAGAAAAAUACAUCUAAAUAUAGACCUGUAUAUAUUGUUUUCUUUGUUAUCUAAUAAAUAAAGCAAGAACUUAUUCAUGCGAUUUAUAUAAUUAGCCAAUCGUGUGACAGCAGUACAAUACAAAAUCAUGCAGAUAAGGGUCAGGAGCUACAGUUUGUUCACAUCAACCAUCAGAAUGGGGAAAAAAUUUGAUCUCUGUGAUUUAGACCGUGGCAUGAUUGUCGGUGCCAGACAAGCUGGUUUGAGAUGGGCUACAACAGCAGAAGACCACGUCAGGUUCCACUUCUUUGGGCCAAGAACAGAAAGCUGAGGCUGCAGUUGGAACAGGCUCACCAAAACUAGACCCUUAAAAACUGGAAAAACGUAGCUUGGUCUGAUGAAUCUCGAUUUCACACAGAUGGUAGGGUCAGAAUUUCGUGCCAAUAGCAUGAAUCCAUGGACUCAAACCUGUCUUGUGUCAACAGUCCAGGCUGGUGGCAGAGAUGUGAUGGAGUAGGGAAUGUGUUAUUGGCACAUUUUAGGCCUGUUAAUCCCAAUCAGUCACCACUUGAAUGCCAAGGCCAUUUGAGUACUGUUGCUGACCAUGUGCAUCCUUUCAUGGCCACAGUUUAUCCAUGUUCUUAUGGCUACUUCCAGCAUGAUAAUGCACCAUGUCACAAAGCAAAAUUCAUCUCAAACUGCAUGAACAUGACAACGAGUUCUCUGUUCUUCAGUAGCCUUCCCAGUUGCCGGAUCAGAAUCCAAUAGAACACCUAUGGGAAGUGGUUGAAUGGGAGAUUUGCAGCAUGAAUGUGCAGCUGACAAAUACAGAUAGAGAUGCACUUUGCAUAAAGUAUAAGAACAUGGAUACUUGAAAUGAAUACAAGUGAUGAUUAUAUAUUAUACACAAGAAUAGUUACAGAAUUAAGGUUAAUAAAAUAAAACAGAUUUUCUCGUUCAUGAUAUCAUUUGACACAUUUUUAUAGAUAUUAAUCUUUGAUUCAACUAUAUGUGUAUAUGCCAUAAAAUCAAUGGACAUGUUGUAAUUACAAUUUGGCAAAAUCUUCUGCCAUUUUACAGUCGACUAUUUUAAUAACUGGAUCAAAUGGGCAGAUUGGCAAAAGAAACUUAAGUGUACAUUACCAGUGCAUUAUUAAACACUAUACAUACAGAUAUAAAACAUUGAAUGCUGAAGUUUAAAAUCUCAAAACUAUUAUUCUCUCUGGCUGCCAUUAAACCUUUCUGCAGCUUGCUGAAUGUCCAGAUUAGGAAUAUACUGAUCCGAUACUGAAGUUUUAGAUGGAUCGGGUAUCAUGUUCGUUACUGUCAAGCUCAAAUGACAAAAAAAAACCUUAAAGCACAAUUAAAGUUCAUAUGACUCGUGCAUUUUAUUCAAAGCCACUUGAAGACAUGCAAUAGCUCUGUGAAUCACAAAAGGCUGUGUGUAAUGUAUAAAAUACACGCGCAGCUCUGUUUACACGCACUCAAUCGCUGCUAUUUUUAGCCUUCACGUGGUGCGCAAUAUUUGAGCGCUACUUACGAACAUCUCAGAUGUAGAUGCUCAAUCGUUCGGUUCACUUAUUAUAUGCAUUUAGAAUGGCACUGGAGAUGCUUUUUUAUCAGAAUUUAAAUGAGAAGCUAAUAAAACUACUGUGAACUUGCCUACAAACAGACACUUACAGGACUUCCUAUAGAGUUCAGAAUGACAAAAUAAAAGCAUGAGGGUUUAUAAAUUAAAGGUGCACGAUUGAGAUAUAUUACUAUUAUAAUAUAUUAUUAUUUGUUUACAAAUGAUAAUAAUAUUUAAGUUGAAUGGGUUCCAAAAACUGUGUGAAUGAAAAGUGAGCUGAUAUCUUACAACGAAAUUAAUAAAAAAGAGAUCUAAAUCCAUAAA